AUGAAAAAUAGGUUCAGAGAACUUUUCAAUGUUCGUCAUCUGUGCAAACAAUGGAACUCGUUGGUACCAGUUGUUGUACAAGAGGAACUUUCAGAAGUAGAUGGAAAGGGAUGGAACCUGCUUGCCGCAUACCAAGAUAACAGACUAAAGUGGGCAUACCUAGAUCCUUUUCAAUUGACAUAUAAUGAUGAAUCAAAAACCAUCUAUGGUGAAUUUCAAGAUUUCCCGUCAAUUCCCAUUAAACCUUAUGUUUGUUUUGCGUUGGUGUUUGAUCACAAGAGAACCGGUAGGAAACUCAAGUAUAAAGAUUUUUGGGGAUUGCCCUGGCCACAAACCAACAAUCAAAGUGAAGAUUGGUAUGUUAAGGAAGGAAGUGGUGUGUGUUUUCGGCGAAGGUCUGAUGGUGAGCAUGUUCAAGUGGUCGGAUUGAAGGUUGGGGCGAUAAAGUUUUUGGGAUAUUUGGAUCAAUAUUCAGAGAUUACGUACUAA